GCGCUUUGUUCAGAAUCGCCUCUUAUGUCCUACUCGCCCUCUCAAACAACACAUGGAUGGUCUUCCUCGUUGCUGUAGUUGGCGCUCCAUCUGGUAUCAGCCAAGCAGUGAUUCGUUCUUUGUCUUCUGCCAUCGUGGGACAUGAUGAACAAGGUGCCAUGUUCUCCUUCUCAGCCUCAGUGGAAGCGACCUGCAUCCUUAUUGCUGCUAUGAUCUUUAACGGGCUGUACCCCCUGACCCUGCCAACCUUCUCCGGGAUGCCCUUCAUCAUCAUGGCAGUCUUCACGCUCAUCGUGCUCAUUCUCUUGCAGUGGAUUAGCGAGAUGCCCGCCACUCAUCCUCGACUUGUGCUUUCAGACUGAAUCUCCUCCUUCUGGGUUAUUCUUCCAGCACAAAGUGGAUCCAUGAUUGAAUAUUGCACGCUUUUCUGUGGUGAUCUGAUCUUCUCUAAAAGUCUUCAUGAAAAAAAAAAAAUCAAAUUUUUCGUGAGGAACACAUCAAUUACUGGCACAUA